AAAAAACAGGGGAAACAAACCCCUUGCAGUAGUUACACAGAAGCAAGCCGCCAUAAUGCUUCAAAUUUGCAGUUACAGAGAAAUAACGCAAGAAAAUCUGCACAAAACACAUACUUUUCUUGGGGUUUCUUCAACACGUAAGCUUCAAACCCUUCAUCCAUCAUCCAAUUUAAUAUUUAUUCAAAGAUUUCAUGUAAAGCCUCAUAAAUUCCCCAGUAGGGUUUAUCUAGGGUUUAACUCCAAGCUCCAAAUUCGUCCGGAAACAGAGUAUUUACCUUCAAAGUCCACCAAUAAUUUGAUUAAUGGUGUUAGUAAUAAUAAAUAUAAUAAGAAGAAUAAGAAGAGAUACGGAGGUAUAUUACCCUCAAUUUUAAAAUCUUUAAACACCGAAGAAGAUGUCGAAAAAACCCUAAAUUUAUAUUAUGGAACCCUAAACCCUAAAGAACAAACGGUGAUACUGAAGGAACAGAGGAAUUGGGAGCGGGUUGUUCGGGUUUUCGAGUGGAUGAAAUUGCAGCCAGAUUAUUCGCCCAAUGUGAUUCAUUACAACGUGGUGCUGCGUGCGCUCGGUAGAGCGAGAAAAUGGGACGGGUUAAGGCGGUGUUGGAUUGAGAUGGCGGAAAAGGGGGUUUUACCGACGAAUAAUACGUAUGGGAUGCUUGUUGAUGUGUAUGGGAAAGCAGGGCUUGUGAAGGAAGCGUUGUUGUGGGUUAAGCAUAUGAAGGUUAGGGGUAUGUUUCCGGAUGAGGUUACGAUGAAUACGGUGGUUCGGGUGUUGAAAGAUGGUGGGGAGUUUGAUCGGGCUGAUCGGUUUUAUAAAGAUUGGUGUGUUGGGAAAGUUGAGUUGGGUGAUUUGGAGUUAGACUCGGAGUCUGGUUCGGGUUCGGGUCAAGAACCGAUUAGUUUGACGCGGUUUUUGUUGACCGAGCUUUUUAGGACCGGGGGGAGAGAUCGAGAUCGUACGAAGAGUAUGGAUCGAUCGGAUACUGAAAACCCUGUUCAAAAGCCGAGGUUAACGGCUACUUACAACACUUUGAUUGAUUUGUAUGGGAAAGCGGGCCGGUUGAAAGAUGCAGCUGAGGUGUUCGCUGAAAUGUUGCAGUCAGGAGUCCCGAUGGAUACGGUUACGUUUAACACGAUGAUCUUUACGUGUGGGAGUCAUGGGAAUUUGUCGGAGGCGGAGUCUUUGUUGAGUAAGAUGGAAGAGCGAGGAAUAUCUCCCGAUACGAAGACUUACAACAUAUUUUUAUCUCUAUAUGCUGAUAUCGGGAACAUCGAUGAAGCUCUUUGUUAUUACCGGAAGAUACGCGAGGUGGGUCUUUUUCCCGAUGAUGUUACAUAUAGAGCGGUUCUUCAUAUUUUGUGUGGGCGAAGAAUGGUUUGUGAAGUUGAAAACGUGAUUAAGGAAAUGGAGAGAUUGGGUUUUUGCAUUGACAAACAGUCAGUUCCGAUAGUUGUUAAAAUGUAUGUGGAUGAAGGGUUAACCGAACGUGCAAAGUCUUUGUUUGAAAAGUGUCAUAAGAACGGUGGAUUGUCGUCAAAGACUUACGCUGCGGUUAUUGAUGCGUUCGCUCAAAAGGGUCUCUGGGCUGAGGCUGAGUAUGCGUUCGGAUGUGAACGAGAGAAGGAUAUUGUGGAGUAUAACGUUAUGAUCAAAGCGUACGGGAUUGCAAAGCUUUACGAUAAAGCUUUUUCAUUGUUCAAAGGUAUGAAAAGUCAAGGGAUUUGGCCAGAUGAAUGCACAUACAAUUCGUUAAUUCAGAUGUUUUCCGGUGGUGAUUCGGUUGAUGAAGCAACGGAUCUUUUGACAGAAAUGCGGGAAGCAGGUUUUAAACCCUCGUGUUUGACGUUUUCUAGCAUUAUCGCAAGUUACGUUCGGUUAACCCGGCUUUCUGAUGCGGUUUCGGUUUAUCAAGAUAUGGUCAAAUCCGGGAUCAAACCGAAUGAGGUUGUGUUCGGUUCUUUGAUAAACGGAUUCGCAGAAACCGGCGAACUUGAAGAAGCUCUUCGGUAUUUCCGACUUAUGCAAGAAUCCGGAUUGUCGGUCAACCAAGUAGUGUUGACUUCUUUGAUCAAAGCAUACAGUAAAGCCGGAAUCAUCGAAGGUGCAAGAACGAUCUACAACAAGAUGAAGGAAUUACCCGCAGGUCCCGAUGUUGUGGCAUCGAACAGUAUUCUCAAUCUUUACGCAGAUUUGGGUAUGGUAUCCGAAGCCAAAUCGAUUUUCGACUAUUUACAAGAAAACCAUCAAGCAGACGCUGUUUCUUUCGCAACCAUGAUGUAUGUUUACAAGAACAUGGGCAUGCUCGACGAAGCGAUACACGUCGCAAACGAAAUGAAAGAUUCCGGCUUGUUAACCGACUGCCCGUCGUUCAACAAAGCAAUGUCAUGUUACGCCACAAGCGGGAAUCUAACCGAGUGCGGUGAAAUGCUGCACGAAAUGAUCGUAACUCAAAAACUAUCGCCCACAAUGGGAACGUUCAAAGUAUUAUUUACCGUUUUGAAAAAAGGCGGGAUUCCAGUUGAAGCAGUUGAACAGCUCGAGUUCGCUUACCAGGAAAGUAAACCGUACGCUAAACAAUCCAUCGUGACAGCUGUCUUUUCAGUAGUUGGUCUGCACACGUACGCGUUGGAUUUUUUUCAAACUUUUAUAAAGUUCGAGACGGGUUUGGAUGUCUUUGUGUAUAACGUCGCGAUUUAUGUUUAUGGGGGCUUGGGGAGAAUCGAUGAUGCGUUAAAGAUGUUCAUGAGGAUGCAAGAUGAAGGUAUGGAAGCGGAUGUUGUUACGUAUAUAUACCUUGUUGGUUGUUACGCGAAAGCUGGUAUGUUGGAGGGGGUAAAGCGUGUAUACAGCAAGCUAAAAUAUGGUGAAAUUGAUCGGAAGGAGUCUUUAUUUAAGGCGAUUAUAGAAGCGUAUAAGUUUUUGAACCGGCAUGACCUUGCAGAACUGGUGAACCAAGAGAUGAAUUUGGUUUCUGAUUCGGAACCGUUGCCUUCUUCUGAGGAAGAAGAUGAUGAGGUAGAUGAAACAUCUGUAAGUUUAUCUGUAUGAACAAAUGUGUACACUACUAUUGCAUGAUAAUAGAUUCAAGUGGAUAUUAUAAUUGUAAAGAUUAGUUGUAGACGAACUAGGUUGUACGGGUCGUGUUGAAUGUAGUCGAAUAUUUUUAAAACAGAUAAUUUUUAAUGUUUAUGUUUUAUAUGUGUUAUCUACAAAAGUUUUAUAAUGAACAGGUGAUUUGAUUCGGCCCAAUUUGUUUUGACCGGAACUUAAACAUGACAUGUUUUGACUUAAAACACAUUUUGAGCAUCACAUAGCCUCAUAGCGAGGUCAAUGUGUUUGUUUUUGUGGCGUAUUCGCUCGUUACCAUUGUGUCAUGGAAUCAUGAGUUAGGGGUGGCAAUUAAUGACACUACGUAAAUCAUACAACUAAAAAUAAACACGUUUUGGCUGAAGCUUCCCGGGUUUACUUCCAAUAGGUUGAUACAAAUACCCUAUUCAAAGGGGCAUGGUGUCCCCUACAGACGGUCUACAUCCUACCCUCUCCAGACCCCACCAAUAGCUUUGCUAUUUGUGGGACUUACCGGGUACUGUUGUUGUACGUUUUUUUUAACGCCAAAUGUUAGUAUCUACUUUACUCCAUUAAUCACCCAGGUUUGAACCUAAGACCUUUUCUUUAAGAGACAUGUGUCUCUCUACCAAGUGGGCAGGUAGAGAUAAACAAGAAAUUGGUUUGGCAAAACCAACCCGAACUGAAACUGGUUUGAAACCGAUCCCAUACAAAUAUGUUUCGUUUGGUUUGGAAUACAAACCGUAGCUAUGGGACCACCGGGUUUUGGCCAAACCGGUCCAUUUAUUUAAUGCAGCUUUAUUUUAUUGAACUGUUUUAAAAAUUUAUAAAGAAAUGGUAAUUAAAAUAGUUUGAAAACUAUAUACAAUAAUAAAAUUCACAUUUUACGAACCAAAACCAAAACUGAACCGAGCUGAAACCGGAUCGAAACUGGUGUUUCAAACUCAUCAAACCGAGACAAAAUCGACCCGGUUUAUAAUCGAAACAAGUUUGACUUGAAACUAGUCAAAGUCAAAACUGAUUCUAAACCGGUUUGAAUUAAAAAAAAAAACCGUUUGCAAUUUGUGAAAGGAAUAUAUUUGCAAUUUGUGGUAUAAAAAACCAAACGACGCCGUUACCAUCAAAUCGGCAUCAACAUCUUCUCCUCAAAACCCUGCUCACCGGCCGAUCGAUCGGAAAAAUUCAGAGCUGCAAAAUGGCGUCAACUUUGGCGGUUCGUCAAGCCGCAAACCUACUCCGUCUCUCCUCUCCAAGAUCGGCUUCUCAAGCCGCUUCCCUUAUCCAGCGCCGCGGUCUCGCUGGCUCCGCCGAUCAUCAUGGACCUGCGAAGGUUGACUUCUGGAAAGAUCCGAUGAGUCCUUCUAAGUGGAAGGAAGAGCAUUUUGUGAUCAUCUCUUUAUCUGGCUGGGGCUUAGCAAUCUUUGGUGGGUAUAAGGCUUUUUCAGGAGGCAAGAAGAAAGAUGAGAAAUUGGUGGAAGCAGUGAACUAAGUGGUUGAAAUUUGCUCCAGAAGCUUUUUGCUAAUAAGUUGUAUGUGUCAAUGUAAGAUUAAUUCCGAAAUUCAGCUUGGUUUGGGUUUGUGUUCGGGUCCCUCAAGUUUAUUGACAUAUUUUAUUAAGAUACUAUACGCACAUUUUUGCCAUUCGCGUAUUUGAAUAACAACUAUCUUUAAGUU